GCUCGCUCCGCGCUACAAGACGCACGUCGUCAGUUUUGUUUCUCGCCACUCGCUUGCCGGCAUUGUCCCGCACCACGGCCGGUUCCAGUACUCCUCAGUCCGCGCCGAACGGCAUGAGCGCCUGUAGCUGACACCGACACGCACCGCCAAGCGCUUCCACAUCGACUCCUCAACGACCACCCCGCAAGAUGAUCCCGCGGCGCAAACACAACGCCUCGUCUGGGUCGCUGGCGCUGCCCGCCGGCGACGACAAGCACGCCAGCAAUGACCAUAUUUUGGGAGACAGCAGCACGCGAGAAGGAUGGUGUGCAGCGCUUCGCCGCCGCUGCAAUCGCAAGACACUCCACAAAAGGUUGCCUAUCAUCGCAUGGCUACCACAGUACAAUACGGAAAAAGCGGUAGGUGACCUGAUCGCGGGCAUAACGGUGGGCUUGACGGUGAUCCCGCAAUCACUUGCGUACUCCAACAUCGCUGGGCUGCCGCCGCAGCACGGCCUGUACGGCGCGUUCCUCGGCUGCUUCAUCUAUAUCGUGCUGGGCGGGUGCCGCUGCGUGCCCGCGGGUCCUACAGCUAUCGCAUCGCUGCUCACGUGGCAGGUGGCGGGCGGCGUCAUCGAAAAGGCCGUACUGGCGACAUUCCUCACUGGAUUAGUCCUGUUACUAAUGGGCGUGCUGGGACUCGGAUUCCUCAUCAACUUCGUAUCAGGCCCUGUGUCAUCUGGAUUCACAUCUGCCGUCGCGCUUAUGAUCGCCACCUCACAGGUGAAGGACCUGUUCGCCAUCACCGUAAACGGCACCACUUUUCUGCAGCAGUGGAUCUCCAUUUUUAGCAACUUGAAAAUGGCUUCUCUUUGGGAUCCUGUGCUAGGCUUCAUUUGCAUCGCGCUGCUGCUAAUACUACGGCGUGUGGGCAUGGUGCGUGUAGGCGGUGAAGGUGCGAGCGCACGGCAGAGAUUCGUCACCAAAAGCAUGUGGCUCCUGGGCACGUGCCGUAACGCCAUUGUGGUCAUUGCAACCGGCGCGCUUGGCUUCUGGUUCGCUGCACAUCAUGAGACGCCGCCUUUCCGGCUCAUGGGUCCAAUCCCGUCAGGCGUACCGAUGCCAACGCUGCCACUAGUAUCAUACGUACGCGCCGACAACACAACAGCUGACUUCGUCGACAUGAUCUCUGAACUUGGCUCAGGCAUCCUCGUUAUACCACUCAUCGUGUUACUUGAGGACAUCGCGAUUUGCAAAGCCUUUUCCGACGGCCGUACAAUCGACGCAACGCAAGAAAUGAUUGCACUUGGCGUGGCAGGAAUUGCCAACUCCUUCGUCCAGGCGUACCCUGGUGGUGGUUCGCUUGCGCGCUCCGUCGUCGCCAACACCUCAGGCGUACGCACUACACUCAACGGCCUUUACACUGGCAUAAUGGUGAUUCUGGCGUUGCAAUUCUUUACGGCGUACUUCGAAUUCAUCCCAAAGGCAGCUUUGGCAGCCAUCAUAAUCUCCGCCAUCCUCUUUAUGGUUGAAUACGACGUCGUCAAACCGAUGUGGCACGCUAAAAAAUUGGACCUGGUGCCAGGCAUCGGCACUUUCGUGCUAUGCCUCACGCUGCCGAUAGAGCUGGGCAUCCUGACUGGCGUCAUCGUGAAUAUCAUCUUCAUCUUGUACCACGCCGCACGGCCCAAAUUCUCCGUCGAAAUGCUCAAGACGGAAGCGGGCGUUGAGUAUUUGAUGAUAACGCCAGAUCGCUGCCUCAUGUUCCCGUCGGUGGACUACGUGCGCCGGCUGGUGACCAAAUGCGCGUCCAGCAGCAGCGUGCCCGUCGUGCUCGAGUGCACGCACAUCUACAGCGCAGACUACACCGCGGCCAAGAGCAUCGAGCAGCUGACCGCCGACUUCCACGAGCGGCGCCAACCCCUCUACUUCUACAACGUGAAGCCCUCCGUAUGCUCCAUCUUCGAGGCCGUCGCCAAACCCGAGCACUUCGUCGUGUUCUACGAGGACGAGGAGCUAGAUCGAUUGUUGGCCGCUGACGAGCGAGUGCAUCACACCAAAGCCGCGCUCCCCGCGCCUGCCGAAGGCGACCCACCCCCCGGCCACGUCUGAACCUUGUGAUGUGAUAUUUAUGAAACCCCGUACCUUACUGCGAGACGAUAUUUUUUGAGAUUACUUUGAGAGUGUGAUAUAUUAUACGAAAAAGAGACGAUGAUAUAAAUUUAUAUGUACCUACUAAUAAUUCUAUAAGUAGAUUACGUUCUGUAACACGUUCCCUUGAGUGAGCUUCUCGAUCGACCCUCGGGAGUCGAUGUAAAAUUUUCUUCUUAGAUAAAGAAGUAUAAAUAAGAUAAUAAUAUAUUUUGGAGUGUAUUUUAAAGAGAGUGGCUGUCAAAAGCCGAGCAGCUGUGAUGGAGCCGCAGGCUGCGGUCGUCCGCCGCGGAGGCCUGUCGGCCUGCGGUCAGAAAGAUGAUGUGAUUCUAGCGAUAAAUAAUAUGUCAUCAUUACCUAUUUAUUACUCUUGUUUCGCUUCUAUUUAGCGAUGCGCAAAACGUCGUACUUAGGUAGUCGUGACUUAGAAGCCCACACACCGGGCGCGACGUUCCGCUGUUCCCGUACAAAUUGAGCAAACGCGUACUUGCUGUGUUUAUGUUUAUAUUAUGGCAACCUCGCGGCGUCGCACUCAGUGCGUAGCCCAUUAAUGUUUGUGACGACAGUGAUAGAUUUAGAUUUAAGGGAGAAAAUUAUUUAUUUUAGGUGAAAAAGUACAAGUUAGGUUAGGACGUAAAACGUUGAGAGUCGAAGCUUUAUGCGGCCUAAAGAGCGAGCCGUACAUAUCUACGUACUUGAUAAGCGGAUGCGACCACGCGGACAAUCACGGAGACAAAUAUUAAUGUGUA